CUUUUGGCUGUCACGGUGACACAACUCCUACAACAAAAAGACCAACCCGCCACGUAAUUUUCACGCUCGCUCGCUCGUUUCUGUUUCACGACGAUGGACAACUAUUCAAACUACGUCUCAAGUUCUCCUCCCUAUUCUUCACCGUAUUCCAACGAUGUUCAUCAAGACGCUCGCCGAAUAUCUCGUACUCCCAGUCCAACUCCCAGUGAGAUACAGGCCCUCAAUCAGAGGGGAUUCUUCAAUUGGAAGUCCAUAUUCGACAAAAAGAAGAUGUGGUCAAAAAAACGGAUCAUUAUUUAUAUUGCUCUAACCCUCGGCAUCGUUGUGGGCGCCCUCUUCAUAUUCUAUCAUGACCAAAUAGUACGUGCAAUCCAACCAGCAGCCACUUGGAUGCACAACUUCAAGUUUGGAUGGAUAAUCCCUAUAGCGAUUUUCUUUGUGAUAUCGUUCCCUCCGCUCUUCGGCCACGAGAUACUGGCUAUCGUGUGUGGUCUCGUAUGGGGCGUGUGGGUUGGUUUCGGCAUAGUAGCAGCUGGCACUUUCAUCGGUGAAAUAGGAAACUUUUAUGCCUUCAGGUACCUCUGUACAUCUCGCGGUGAGAAGAUAGAGAAAGGCAGUGUCAUUUACUCGUCUUUGGGAAGGGUCGUCCGUGAGGGCGGUUUCAAGAUUGCGUUGAUUGCCCGUUACAGCGCCAUCCCGCCUCACUUCACCACUGGAUUAUUUGCAGUAUGCGGCAUGAACAUCUUUAUUUUCAUGCUGGCAGCAGCCCUCUCUAUGCCAAAGCAGUUCAUAACUGUGUACAUUGGAACUUUAUUGGAAACUAGUGCUACCUCGUCCGCCUCUACGAAGAACACGAUCAUCAGCGAUGUCAUUGGUGUCAUCACCGUCCUGAUCACCAUCGCUGCCAUGUGGUAUAUCACCAGAGAAAUAAAUCGUGUCAAACCACAAAUCGUCUAUGAGCGCCGCAAAGCACGUCAAGCGAAAUUAGACGCCGAGAGUGAAUCACUGUAUCAAAACGGCGGUGCAGACACCUCCGCAGUAUUCAACACCUCAGACACCACUCUCCCCCUUAACUCCUUCUCAGACGCCCCCUACGACGCCCCCUACCAGCAAUGGGACAGUGAAGGCCGCGCCAUAGGCUACGCACCAGACCCACGCAUACAUGCGCCCCAACCUAAGAAACCGGAAAACCCAAACCCAUUCCCAGGUGACACAACCCCCACAUUAGGAACCAAGCCUCUCCGCCAAGAAAGCACGGACACUAUUGGAUGGGAGUUGCAGGCUAACGCCGCGCAGGGCCAGAGUUAUAGGUUAAGCGCGAUAGCAGCUGAGCCUCUGCGGAACCCGUAUGAGGAUGAGGGUGAGAUGGAUGCUGAGGAGGUUGUUGGUGGAGGGUAUCCGCCUCCGUCUAUUGCUGGACGGCCGUCGUCGUCUGGUGUUGGACGGUCACCUUCAUCUGGUAUUGCUGGUGUUGCUGCGUAUGCACCGCCCCCUGGGCCUCCGCCUCCACCGCCGGGUGCUGGGUAUACGUUCAGUGCGCCGGGGCAUAGUUUUUCGGGGGCGAGUUCGCCGCCUCUGCCUAGUACGACAAGGCAGUAGGUUGUUGAGUGCUUGUGACAUCUUUAUCCUGUGCCUUUACCCCUGGUUAUUGUCAACCCUUCACCCAUCUGGCUAUCACAGCCUCCGUCACUCGCGUGUUCUACUUUUCUUUCAUUCCCAUCACUAUUUUAUUACUCGAUUUGUGUUCUUAUGAGCCCAUGUGCAUUGCGCGUGAUCCACACGUACAUAACGAUAACUUAGUAUAGGUUAGAGUACAAUUGGAGUAUGUAUAGUUUAUUUUGAUACGUUAAGGUUGGAUAUCCUAUACCCAUAAGCUUGGAAGCACCCGAGAACUUUUCGAACGUUGGACACGAUUUUUGGGUCUGCUG